CCGAAGAGAAACCGAACAAGCAACAGAAAUCGAAAACAGCACAAAAUCCUCACAAAGGUACUUAAAACAGACCAGGAAGAUGUCGUCUUCACCUCUCCGUCUUGCACUGGCCCUCAUGUGCCUGGUCUCGGCCGUCGGUGUCGUGUCUUGCGGUCGACCCCACGUGAUAUUGAGUACGGCUCUGGAUGAGGCUCGCAACAUCCCGCUCGGAGAAGAGGUACCAGAGAGACUCACUCUCCCUGAGCUCCAGUGGAUGCUCAGUAACAACGAGCUCAUGCCCGUUCAGGUGGAAGAAGCCCCUCAUGGCAGGAUGGAGCUUGUGAGGAGAGACAACACGGCAACGACCAAACCAGUCAACUGUAUGAACUACUUCUGGAAGUCCAGGACAGCAUGCUGAGCUCAUGUAGACCCAGGAGCCAGAGCAAGAGGCACCAUUUAGACCGUUAUUAUGCUGCGAAAUCACUCACUGUUUCCCUCCCCAUCAGCUUACACCUCUGACACAGGCAGACAUGCUCAUAGUCUGACUUCAAGCACACCAGAGCCUCUGUUAAUUCUUCUCAUUUUAGCAGCUGUAGGAAUUGUAGAAAAUGUCUCAAUACUGGGUGCCGGUUUUAUCCUGCUCUGAAGCACAAUAAAUUGCUUAAAAAUUGCUUAAAAUAAACAAUACAGCAUCAACGAAUAGAA